CAGAGACCAUGGGGUUAACUUCUGGUUAACUUCCGCUGUUAGGUAGUCUUAUGUCUUUUAAGUUAUUUAACGUUCAAUUGAGAUUUGCAUAUGUGAAUAGUCCACGAGAUACUAUGAUCUAGCUACAAUGAGGUCGCAAAUAUUCUCUGGGGCAUUGCUACGAAGGGCGUCGGGCUCGGUGCUCUGCUGCCCUCGUGUUCCUGGCUUUCAACAAUCUGCUCGGUUAGCCAGCAGUAUAUCGCAACGCCCGGGAUCGAGCCAUGUAUCAUUCCCUGGUGCCGUCAAGAGUGCAUUCACCAGCGACCUCAAAUUCGUUGUGCCCUCCGAUUACCCUGCCCUACCCACAUACCGAGCGGUCGACCAACAUGGCAAUAUUGUCGAUAAUUCAUUUAAACCAGACCUUGGCGAGGAAGAAGUUGUGAAACUAUAUAGAGACAUGUUAACUAUCUCGAUAAUGGAUCCCGUCAUGUUUGACGCCCAGCGACAAGGUCGUAUAAGCUUUUACAUGGUCUCGGCUGGCGAAGAAGCUAUCAGCGUCGGAUCGGCUUCGGCACUAGACCCACGAGAUGUAGUAUUCUGCCAAUACCGCGAGCAGGGACUCUUCGCUCAGCGCGGGUUUACUUUGAAAGACUUUAUGAACCAACUAUUCGCUAAUAAACACGACCCGGGGAAGGGUAGAAAUAUGCCUGUACAUUAUGGAAGCAAGGAGCUGAAUAUUCAUACAAUAUCGUCGCCUCUGGCCACGCAGAUACCCCAGGCGUCCGGAGCCGCGUAUGCUUUGAAGAUGCAACACAUAAAUGACCCGUCUGUACCUCCCCGCGUGGUUGCUGUCUACUUCGGCGAAGGCGCUGCCAGUGAAGGAGACUUCCACGCAGCUUUGAACAUCGCUGCGACGCGAUCCUGUCCAGUUAUAUUUAUAUGCCGUAACAAUGGUUACUCUAUCUCGACACCGACCCUGGAACAGUACCGAGGAGAUGGUAUUGCUAGCCGAGGAAUUGGCUACGGAAUUGAUACUGUAAGAGUGGACGGGAAUGAUCUUUGGGCGGUUAGAGAGGUGACCAAGAAGGCGAGGGAAAUGGCCCUUCAGGACGGAGGUAAGCCGGUUUUAAUCGAGGCAAUGAGUUAUCGUGUCAGCCACCACAGCACAUCCGAUGAUUCUUUUGCGUACCGGGCAAGGAUGGAAGUGGAAGACUGGAAGCGCCGGGAUAACCCUAUCGCGAGACUACGGAAGUACAUGGAGGCAAAAGGGUUUUGGGACGAGUCCAAAGAGAAAGAAGCUCGGGAAAGCAUCAAACGGGAUGUGCUAAAAGCCUUCUCCGAGGCGGAACGGGAGAAGAAGCCGCCUAUUCGGACAAUGUUCGAGGAUGUUUACGAGGAACUUACCCCUGAUCUGAAGGCUCAGAUGGAACAGCUAAAACACCAUCUUGAGAAGUACCCUGACGAGUACGACCUUGCCGAAUACGAAGGUGGCAUCAACAGCCUAAAGCCAUGAGUAAAAUUUCAUGAUUAGAGUCCAGAGAGAUACCCGUCAGUACGAGGAAGAGAAGCACUGGUAUCUAGCUAGAAGAUUACUUACCUAAUGUGUAGAUGCAUUUCUGGUAACUGUACCUUCUGUAGAAUAUCAAGUAUACAAAUUGGCAAUUAGAAAGUAUAUGAACAACUACCUUCAUCGUAUGGCCAUUGAACUGCAAUAUUUCCUAUCUAUUAUUAGUUGGCAGAGACUGGGGAUAUAACCAACGCUUAUAAGCCACGUCGGACAAAGUAAUAUGUCGUCGGGAUUUAAUAAGAUAAAGCAAAAUAUUUUAUUAGAUUAAUCUACUAAUUAG